GUUCCUAUUAUCAAUCGAUAUCUUCAUUCAUGACACGUCAUCUGUAUGUGUGCCGCACUUGAAGAUGCCGAUCACGGCUCUUCCUAAGCCCACCGUUCAAGCCAUCGGCUCCACGUCUGUCAUCUCGGAUCCUUGUUCAAUUGUGAAAGAGCUAUUAGACAACGCGAUUGAUGCUUCUGCUGCAUCCGUUGGCGUUGAAAUAUCCCAGAAUACGCUCGAUCUCGUCCAAGUAAAAGACAACGGGCACGGUAUUCCCUCUGCCGACCAUGCCUUCGUAUGCAGACGCACCUUCACCAGCAAGAUCCAGACCCUUGAAGAUCUGAGGAGAGUCGGGGGGAAGAGUCUCGGCUUCAGAGGGCAGGCCCUUGCCAGUGCUUCAGAGAUAUCCGGCGGUGUGAAUAUUCUUACCAGGGUCGAAUCGGAGCUGGUUGGCAGUUCUAUGAAGUAUGGACGGAACGGAGAGCUGCUCAGUACUCAGCGGACAUCGCAUCCAGUGGGGACCACUGUCCGUAUAACGGAUCUGUUCAAGCAUAUCCCUGUCCGGAGGCAAACUGCCUUGAAGAAUAGCGCCAAGACUCUGACGAAGGUGAAGAAAAUGGUCCAGACUUAUGCCAUGUGUAAUCCGUCGAAAAGAUUUUCGUUCAAGGUCCUGAAGGCACGGACGGAGAACUUCAACUGGGUGUAUGCGCCACAGCAUGGAACGCUCAUUGAUGCGGCCCUCAAGAUCGCCGGGUAUGAUGUCGCGUCUAACUGCGUCGAAAGACAGUGGCCAUCUGAAGAGUCUGAUCGAGAGGGACCUGGAGAAGCUUAUACUCCUGGCUUCCGUUUGGUGUCGCUUCUGCCUAAUCCAGAAUGUGAUCUCACGAAGAUCAAUAACAGCGGCCAGUACCUGAGCAUAGACGGCAGACCUAUAUCAACAACUCGAGGGAUUGGCCAAGAUAUCGCCAAACUAUACAAAUCAUAUAUACGUACUGCCGCGUUCCGUCAAGAGACUUCUGCCACGACGACAGAUCCAUUUCUUUACCUGCAGAUUUGGUGCCCUGACGCUAGCUAUGAUGUCAACAUAGAACCAGCCAAAGACGAUGUAUUAUUUGAGAAUCCACACGAAGUAUUUGCGCUAGUGGAAGAUCUUCUACAUUUCACAUACGGAGAAAAGGAAUCUAACGAGAAACAAGCAACGAAAGGAAAGCAGCCCGCAAGAAACAAUGGUUCAUUCGAUCUACUUCUCGCUCGCAGGGAUAAUGAAUCUGUAUCUCGCGAAAAGAACGAUUUUAGACCGGCGAUCGCCACCGAUACUCACAGGCUUGUUCAACCCACGCCCAUAGCCCGCGAGUCUUCAGAUUCGGAGACAAAUUUUUCUACCAACAUCCAGACCCCUGGUGUGUCUAAGGAAGGUCUUAAUCCAUGGUCUCUGACCAGUUUCAAUGCUCCGACACAGCGAAGAAACGGUGUCAGUUCAAACGGAAACGGUCCACGCAUAACCAAGUAUAUCCCUGGUCGGGGGUUUCGCGAAUGGAGCCAAAGUUCCCGAGAAACAAACCGGAGGGGGUCCGCGACUUCAAUAUUACCCAGUCCAUCAGCUUCCAGUCCCGAAUCUUCGUGUCGUUCCGCAGUGGAGUCGCCGUCCCAGACAGGGAGUUUCCAUGUUCCUCGAAUCUCAGCAUCGCGAACACCAAAUCAGCCCGGAUUGCAGAAAGAGCGGAACGGAUCCGGGGAUAACACUGAGAUGCUGGAUAGAUGGAUUGGAAGAUCCACGGAAAGCUCGCCUUCCCAAACCACGGUGGGCGAGGCUCGAGUGCCGUCUUUGGCUCAGUUGGCUAGAAGGCGGUUUGAGCAAUCGCCUCUUAAUGAAAGAUCCACAAGCCCAGUUGUAUCAACUGCAGGCCCUUCUGGGAGGACGCGCGAUGGUUCCAUAUCAUCAGACGUCAGGUUGGGGGAUCGCGGGGCGACCGACUGGGAAGAGAUGCGCAAUCAACAAGAAAGGGAUGAAUCCCUUACUCCGGAGGGAUGGUCAACUGGGCUUCAGCAGCUUUCACAGUCUAACGGCAGCGCUCUAGAAGACGCCCUUGACUUUGAGAGACGCAAGAAAGAAGCUAUUCAGAAGCGACGCGAGCAAUUUAAAAACCAGCCAAAGAACACCAACUCCCCACACCUCAGCAGGUAUCUCGCUGCACGCGCUGCUUUGACGUCCCAACCGGAAGUUCCAGAUCCCUCUGAAGAUGCGGAUAAUAUCCGAUCAAAUAAUGGGGCAGAAACUCAGACGUUGCCACACUCAGCGAAACCUGCACUGGGUCCAUUUGAUCCCCGAGCGUACCUCAUGCGUCGCCGGAGUUCAAGCCUGCAGAGAGCAUCUGGCUCUAAAGUUCGCCGCAUCAACACCGCUAAAUUGCCGCUUGAAACAAUCCCAAAUGGGGAGGAAAUGCACGAUGUUGGUUUGAAACAGCCCAUCGACAUGGCGUGUUUAUCAGGAGAGUUCAAGAACUUGUUAACAACAGAUCUAUAUACCCAAUCUGGGUGUGAAUAUGAAGCGUUCAGUGGCUCUGAUUACCCAGAGCUUGAAGCUUGGACGCACCGGCUGCGCUCCUUGAUCACAAAGAGGUUUAAUGCCGAAGGGUCUGAUGUGCAGUUUGAUUUCACUUCAUUGACACCGAGUAUUUGAAUCUUGCAGUGUUCAGUAUGUUUAUGUUUGUAUAAUUAUUGUCUUCCAGCAGAUACGACUUCAAGCUUGAAUCACGUCUGAGCAUACUUUUCACACCAAUGUCAUGAUAAUGUUUCAAUGAUCUAAAACGAC